AUGAAGGGAUUUGGAAACGCCGUGCGGGCUGCGCCCCGGGUUCAAGCCUCUCUCACCAAGAGCCGGCUCAGCAACUCAUUCGCGGCGAUGCCCGCACUCAACAUGAAGCAGCAGCGCGGCGACGUCCGAUAUGCCUCCGACGCUGCCAACGCGGAUCUCAAGAAGACGCCUCUAUACGACUUGCACAUUGCCAAGGGAGGCAAGAUGGUGCCCUUUGCCGGCCACAGCAUGCCCGUCCAGUACUCCAAUGCCUCGCUCGCCGACUCCCACCACUUUACGCGCAACCAUGCGUCGCUCUUUGACGUCAGCCACAUGGUCCAGCACAUCUUCAAGGGCCCCAAUGCUGCUGCUUUCCUCGAGAAGCUUACCCCCUCUGGAUGGAGCAACCAGGGUGUGAUGCAGAGCAAGUUGACUACCUUCCUGUGGCCCGGGACCGGUGGCAUCGUCGACGACUCUGUCAUUACCCGUAUUGGCGAGGACGAGUUCUACGUCGUCACUAAUGGUGCCUGCUUCGAAAAGGACUGCAAGUAUCUCGACGAGGAGCUGGGCAAGUUUGGCGCCGGUGUAGAGUGGACGAGACUGGACGGUUCCGGCCUCGUUGCGCUGCAGGGCCCGCAGGCCGCCGAGAUUCUCAAGGAGGCUCUGGCCAGCCAGGUCAACUUGGACAAGCUGUACUUUGGCAAUGCUGUCUAUGCGGACCUCAAGCUCGCGGAUGGCAACAAGACGCACCCCGUCUUGAUUAGCCGCGGCGGCUACACCGGCGAGGACGGAUUCGAAAUCUCCUUCAACGGCAAGCUGUAUCCUGCGCUGGAGACGACGACCCCCGCAGUCGAGUCGCUGCUGCAGAUUGCUGGGCCCGGGCGUCUGCAGCUCGCCGGUCUUGGUGCCCGUGACUCUCUUCGUCUCGAGGCCGGCAUGUGCCUGUACGGCAACGACCUCGACGACACAACCACGCCCGUCGAGGCUGGUCUCGCUUGGGUCAUUCCCAAGGACCGUCGUGCCACGGGCGGUUUCCACGGUGCCGAAGUCAUCAUCCCCCAGCUGACUCCCAAGAGCAAGGGCGGUGCUGGUGUUGACCGUCGCCGCGUCGGCUUCGUUGUCGAAGGAGCUCCUGCUCGUGACGGCGCAGAGGUCCAAAAGGACGGCGAGUCGGUGGGCAAGAUUACCAGUGGUGUCCCCAGCCCUACUCUGGGCAAGAACAUUGCCAUGGGCUAUGUCAAGGAUGGGUUGCAAAAGGCUGGUACUGAGCUGGAUGUCGUGGUUCGCGGACGCAAGAGAAAGGGUAUCGUCACUAAGAUGCCAUUUGUGCCUUCGCGCUACCACAAGGCCGAGUAG